AUGUGUAAUAUUGUCCUGACAUCCAGAACGGAACGAUUCCGUUGGGAAAGUCAGGAGAGGAACAGGGCACUAGUUGAUGGCCCCUGCAGUGGUGUCAGAAGGCAGGCUAUGCCUUUCAAGUGCAUGCAGCUCACUGACUUUGUUCUCAAGUUCCCACACAGUGCUCGUCAGAAGCAUGUGAGAGUUGCCUGGGAGAAGGAAAAUAUUAAUGAAAAAUGGGCAGCCACGAGAUGGGCAAAGAAGAUUGAAGCCAGAGAAAAGAAAGCCAAAAUGACUGACUUUGAUCGCUACAAGGUCAUGAAAGCGAAGAAAAUGAGAAACAGGAUCAUCAAGCAUGAAAUGAAGAAGCUCCUGAAACAAGCUUCUAAAAAAGGCAAGAAGUUACAGAAGGCACAGAAAUAGAAUAAACUUCUAGCUGUGUGUUU